AUGAAGCGACGGGUGGUUUUCAGUGAGUCAGAUUCAGAUGAUGAAAUUAAGACUAAGGAAAAGCCGAAAGUUAAGCAAAAUACGAAACGAUAUUCUGAGAAAAAGAGGAAAUGCACAGACGUCGAUGAUAAUCAAAUAUCUUGCCGUAAUAACUCACAGCAGUCAAUAAUAGACGCCUUAAAACGACAGCAAGAGUUAUCCAAAGUCUCCCGCGACAAGAAAGCAAAUACUAUUGAAGCGUACUUCUCACAGUCUGUGAAACCUAAGAAGAAUGUAGUUUCCGUUGAUGAUUUCUUCGGAUCAUCUGAGAAGAAACCAAAUGCCAAACCUUGUGCUGUCGCCAACACACCACCUCAUUCACCGAUGGAGAUCAUCCCGGAUACGCCAGUAUUAUCUCCGAAAACACCUUUGGGGAUCAGAGAAAGUCAUAGAAGCUCACCUCAAACCAAUGUUAUUGUAUUGGAAAGCGUGAAGACAACUAGUAAUCAAACGUCGUCCAUGGCUAAUGAAUCUCUUAAUGAUAGCACUGAAAUUGCUGUAAAAGAUCGAAAGCAUUUUUGGGCCUACAAAGCUCGUGAUGGUCCUCGCAGUCUCGGGUCAAGAGAAAUUCCUAAGGGAACUCCAGAUUGUUUAAAGGGACUGAACUUCCUCAUCACAGGAAUACUAGAGUGCAUUGAACGAGAGGACGCCGCAAAUCUUAUUCAGAAUUGUGGUGGUAAAGUUUUAAAGACAUUAGGUAAAAAGACUGAUUAUCUUGUUGUCGGACGUGAACCUGGUGCAGCGAAAAUUGAGAAGGCUAACAAUUUGAAAAUUAAGCAGAUUACUGAAGAAUAUCUUUUUGAAAUGAUAGAAAAAUCCAGUAAUGUUCCUCUUGUACAUCAUAAAUCGAAUGUAUCCAACUCAGAAUCUUCCAAGAAAUUGGAGUCUGUAGAUGUAAAUGAUAGUAAACAAAAAUUAAAAAGUCCUAAAAAAUCUCCUAAGAAGAAGCAAUAUACUGAAUCACCCGAUAAUGCUCCUAAAUCUCAUAAACAUGAAUCUCCGAAUAAAUGUACAAGAAAAUCUGUUACGUCUUUAUGUAAUGAACUUCCUCUUACUGCACGUCCUGUUUUAACCAAUAAUUCAACAUUUAAUAGUAAAACUGAUCGAAAUCAUAGCAGUGGUUCAUCCAAAACUCCUACUAAUUUCAUUGAUAAGCCAGAUUCCCUGUUGAAGGAGAUGGGUUCGAAGUUGUCUGAAUUAUGGGUUGAUAAAUAUAAACCAACAUCUAUUCGCUCACUGAUUGGUCAAAACGGUGCACAAAGUCCAGCUAAUCGACUUUUAAAUUGGCUAUCUUCCUGGCACUCGGACUUUUCAGCAGGUUUAAAAGCGAAGGCUUACUCAAGUGCCCCUCCAUGGGGCCCGUCAUCUAGUGAUGAUGGGAAGUGGGCGCGCGCAGCACUUCUUUCGGGACCUCCAGGGAUUGGCAAAACGUCAACAGCUAUUUUAGUAUGCAAACAACUCGGUUAUACUUAUUGUGAAUUCAAUGCAUCCGAUUGUCGAUCCAAGCGGUGUUUAAGUGAAGAAAUAGGACAGUCUUUGGGUCUACGAAAUCUGUCACAUAUGGCUUUUGGUCAAGCAUCAACAUUGAAUUCUGGUCAUCACGUUUUAAUUAUGGAUGAAGUAGAUGGUAUGGCUGGUAAUGAAGAUCGUGGAGGAAUGCAAGAACUUAUUAACAUGAUUAAAAUUACUCAACUACCUAUUAUAUGUAUGUGCAAUGAUCGUCAGGCUAUAAAAAUGCGCUCUCUGGCUAACUAUUGUCUCGAUCUAAGAUUUCAUCGUCCACGAGUUGAACAAAUUAAAUCAGCAGUAUUGUCUAUUGCUUGCAAAGAAAAUGUGAAUUUACCUCCGGAUGUAUUAACAAAUAUUAUUGAUUCUAGUAAUCAUGAUAUUAGACAGGUAAUUAAUAAUGUUCAAAUGUGGUGUAGUUCUGGUUUAAUUGAUUCUGAAGGAUUAAAAAUGGAUGCAUUAGGUGCACGUAAAGAUCUACACUUAAAUGCAUUUGAUGUGAUUCGUAAAGUUUUUGCACCAGAUAUUUCUGGUUCUCAAGGCAGUGUUGCUACAUUCAAUGAAAGUUUAGAUUUGUUUUUUCAAGAUUACAAUUUAAUUCCUUUGUUUGUUGAAGAAAAUUAUCUCAAUGUUAGAGUUCAUAAUACCCAUGACGAUAAAAAAAUUUUGCAAUUAAUGUCUCAAGCAGCGUCUGACAUCGCUACUGCAGAUAUCAUUUCAUCUACUAUCAGAUCAUCACGUACAGGAUCAUGGUUUUUAUUACCUGUUCAAGGUGUGUUCAGUACAGUUUCACCUGGUCGUACUCUUCGUGGUUCUUUACCUGGUGGCCCAGGUGGUGUUUCAUUUCCAUCUUGGUUUGGUAAGAACAGUACACAAAGCCGUAUCAAUCGGACUACUUCGGAAUUAGCUUCACAUUUACGAUUAGCAACUCAUUGCGGUUCAUCAAAUCCGCUUACAUUAUUACUAGAUUAUGCUACACCAAUUUCUGAACUUAUCACUCGUCCACUUAAAGAAGGUGAUAUUGACAGUGCUAUUCAAUUUUUAAUUAGUUAUCAAAUAACAAGAGAAGAUGUUGAUUCUGUAAUGGAAUUAACUACUUGGCCAAAUCGACCAAAUCGAAUGCUUAGUGUUGAUUCAAAAGUUAAAGCUGCAUUAACACGUACGUAUAAUAAAUCAUCGCAUUUACUACCGUAUGUUAUAUCAUCAAGUGGUUCUUUUAAACGUAAACGUGGUGGUGGUGGUGCUCCAGUUUCAUUUGGAGAGGAAAAUGAAAAUGAUUCUGGUCUAUUCGAUGAUGAUGAAGAAGAACAGGAGGAUGAGAAAAUUGACCUGAAGAAUGAUGCUAUGAUUGUAAUCAAGAAAGAAGAUCAAAAAAAGCGCAUAGACAUUGAGAAAUCCAAAUUACAACGAGGAGAGCAAUGCUCAUCGGCUUAUCAAUUCAACAAGCUUCGAAAAUUCCCUGCUUAUUUAUUUUCAUUCUAUGUUCAGUUAACUAAAACUAACAAUAUUUCGUUAAUAUCAAUGGUAGCUAAUUCAAGACUGCGUAUUGGUACACAUGAUGGACGAUUCCAUGCAGAUGAAGUACUUGCAUGUGCAAUGCUUAAACAUUUACCGGAAUACUCAAAUGCUGAAAUUAUACGCACAAGAGAUUCAAGUAUUUUGUCAACAUGCGAUAUCGUCGUUGAUGUUGGUGGUGUAUUCAAUCCUGAAAAUCAUCUAUACGACCAUCAUCAAAGAGAAUUCAAUCUUACUUAUAAAGAUUUUUAUCCAAAUUCUGAUUGGGAUAUAAAAUUAAGUAGUGCAGGUUUGAUAUACGUUCAUUUCGGUCGAAAAAUACUAAGUUUUAUACUUGGUAUAGAUGAAAAUACUAUGGAUCCAUUGGUGACGUCACUUUUUGAUAAGAUGUAUAGUUCAUUUAUUGUUGAGAUAGACGCUAUCGAUAAUGGUGUUCCUAUGGCAGCAACACCUUUAAGAUAUUCUAUGAAUACAUCUUUAAGUAGUCGAGUGAAUCGUAUGAAUCCAGCCUGGAAUCAGUUGGAUACAGAUGAAACUGUUUGUUUUCAUAAUGCAUUACAAUUAGUCGAUAAAGAGUUUACUACAUUAGUUCAUUUCUAUGCUGAUACAUGGUAUCCAGCUCGUGAGAUUGUAUUAAAUGCUGUCAAAAAUCGUUAUUCAAUUGAUUCAUCUGGUUCAAUAAUUUAUAUUGAAGGUACUGGAUGUCCUUGGAGUACACAUUUUUUUGAAAUUGAAAAAUCUAUAUUAUUAAAUAAUAAAAAUAUAAAUGAAAUUGAAAAAAAUGAUCCACUUUUAUUUGUUAUUUAUCAACGUAAAGAUAGUACAUGGACUAUACAAGCUAUACCAUUAAAUGAACAUAAUAAUUUUUCACAAAGACUUCCUUUACCUGAAAGUUGGAGAGGUUUACGUGAUGAACAGUUAAGUAAUAUUGUUGGACUGCCUGAUUGUGUAUUUGUACAUUCUACUGGGUUCUUAGGUGUACAUAAAACUCGCGAUGGUGUUCUACAAAUGGCAAGAUUAACUAUAAAAAUGAAAGAAAAUCAGUAA